AUGAGUGUAGUGUUAAGGUGGUUGCUUGCAACGACGUGCACACCAUCCGGGUGUGGUGUUGAGGCGGAGUCAUGCUGUCGUCGCUGCUGUUCUCGGGUUAGAGGCUCUCUUUCUAAAGGGAAUCACACAACCACAUUGCCGGCUCCACCGACUGCCUCCGUCUGCUGUGCUUCUCUUCCAUCUGUCGGGCCUCAUUUCUCUGCUGCUGCUUCCUGCUUACAAACGGAAAGAGACUACUACAUGUUCACUAAUACUCAAAGACAAGAAGAACGUACUGGAAAAUAUGGUACUCCAAGGGUACAAUACCUUCAGGAACUUGUAGCUCAGUUUCAGAAUGCAUCUACUGAAGAGUCGAAGGAGAAAAUCGUUGCUAAUUUAGCAAACUUUGCAUAUGAUCCCUACAAUUAUACAUUUAUGCGCCAGCUUAAUGUUUUGGAACUUUUCUUGGACUGCAUAACAGAGCCCAAUGAGAAGCUAAUAGAGUUUGGUGUUGGAGGGAUCUGCAAUUCGUGUGUUGAUCCUGCAAAUGCUGCAGUAAUAAUAAAAUGUGAUGGAAUACCUCUUCUUGUACAAUGCUUAUCAAGUCCUGUUAAAAAUACGGUGAAUUAUGCUAUUGGGGCUUUGUAUUAUCUGUGUAAUGCAUCUACUAAAGAAGCUAUGUUAAGACCUGAAGUGGUGGAUGUGAUUAAAAGAUAUGCAGCUGCUGAUGGUGUUGGUGUUAGCUUCACCAAUCUUGCUCAGGCCUUUUUAGAUAAGCAUGUCCCUGAAAACAGUUGAAAAAUAACUAAUUUUUGGGUCCCAUUUAUUUAUUAAAAAACGAGUUUUGGCUAACUUUCUACAUUAUAUUAUAAAAUAAAUUCAUAGAAAUAGGAUUAUAUGAA